AAGCAAAAAAUAAUGAUGAAAAAGAUGAUGAAAAGAAAAACGAUGACAAAGAAGAAGACUCUGGUGUGUCUUCACAGUCCUCGACAGAAGUAAAUGCUGCCUCUCCAGCUGCCAAAUCACCAUUUGGAAUACCUGUUAGGAAAACUGCUAGAAAGUCGAUGGGUAGCAAGAGGAAAACUUUGAACUACAGUGAUGAGGAUAAAACUCCAUCUAAGAAGAGUAAAAAGGGCAAAGAAGACGAGGCUGAAGCAACUGAUAAAUCGCAAGUCGGAGAGAAAGAGGCUGAUGUAACUGAUAAAUCAUCAGAAAAAUCGACUGGAGUAAAGUCACCAGCUUCUACAAAAAAGAAAGAAAAGUCUAAAGCAAAGACAGAUUCUAAAGAUAUUGAAAUGGAAGAUGAAAACAAGGAUAAAGAAUUAGAUAAAAAGGAAAAGGAAGAUUCAGAUGAUAUAGAGAUGAAGUCCGAUGAAGAAUCCAGUGAAAAGGAGACCAGCAAAACAAGAAAAGGUAGUGAUAAAACUUCCCCUAAAACUGGAAAGGGUUCCAACAAAAGCAAGAAACAGUCAUCCAAGGAGAAAAAGGAGAAAACACCUAAAGUUAAAAAAGAAAGUAAGAAAAAAAGUCCUAAACAGGUGAAAAAAGAAUCAAGUCAAUCUGCAUCAGACACAGAAAUUGACAAAGCAGAAGAAGAAAAGCCAAAAGAAGAGAAGACUAUUUCAGUAAAGACUGAACCCAAAGCUCCUGUUCACAGCUUCUUUGCUCCAAAGAAAACCACAAUCAAGACCGAAGAUGUGACAAAAGAUGUUAAGACUGACCAGAAUAAAGAAAAAUCAAAGGAAGAAGGCAGUAAGAAGGAAGAAAAAGAACAACCAGUCAAGAAAGAACAAACAACUAAAAUAAACCCAUUUGCCAGUAAGAAGGAGGACAAUGCUACGUACGCUCCGAGUAAAUCUCGUUACCACCCGAUAGACGAUGCUUGUUGGAAACAUAAAGAAAAAGUACCUUAUCUUGCUCUGGCCAAGACCUUUGAAGCUAUUGAGGAGAUAUCUGCAAGGUUGAAGAUCAUUGAUAUCCUGUGUAACUUUUUCCGCUCUGUGAUAGCCCUUAGUCCUGAUGACCUUCUAUUUUGUGUGUAUCUCUGCCUAAAUAAACUGGCCCCUGCCUACGAGGGCAUGGAGCUAGGCAUUGGCGAGACUGUCCUCAUGAAGGCCAUUGCUCAGACCACAGGGAGAAGUAUGGACAAAAUAAAGGCCGAUGCUCAGGAGAAGGGUGACCUUGGCAUUGUGGCAGAGUCUAGUCGGAGUAACCAGAGGACCAUGUUUGCUCCUCCCAAGCUAACCAUUCGGGCUGUGUUUACUAAACUGAAGGAAAUAGCAGUCAUGUCUGGCAACAAUGUGAUGUCCAAGAAGAUAGACAUCAUCAAAGGUUUGUUUGUGGCGUGUCGACAGUCAGAGGCACGUUACCUCAUCCGGUCUCUAGGAGGCAAGCUCAGGAUUGGUCUGGCUGAACAAAGUGUUCUCACAGCUCUAGGCAAUGCUGUUUUUCUCACACCACCUGGUCAAGAUUUCCCUCCAGAAAUACUUGAUGGCGGUAAAGGUCUUUCAGCGGAGAAUUUAAAAAAGAAGAUGGAAGAAUCUGCCCUUACUAUAAAAUCUGUAUACUGUGAGUGCCCUAACUAUGGCUCUAUCAUAUCUACAUUACUGAAGGAUGGGAUAGAGGAUCUACCAAAACACUGCAAACUCACACCAGGUGUUCCUCUGAAACCAAUGUUGGCACAUCCAACCAAAGGUGUCAGUGAGGUGUUAAAGAGAUUUGAGAAUGCAGAAUUUACCUGUGAAUAUAAAUACGACGGAGAACGUGCACAGAUACAUAUACUAGAGAAUGGUACAGUGAAUAUCUACAGUAGAAACUCUGAGAAUAACACAAGUAAAUACCCAGACAUCAUAGCCAGGAUCCCCAACGUGAUGAAGGAGUCCGUGAAGUCCUGUGUUAUAGACUCGGAGGCAGUGGCCUGGGACGCUGAGAAGAAACAGAUACAGCCUUUCCAGGUUCUCAGUCACAGGAAACGAAAGGAUGCAGAUGCUUCAGAAAUAAAGAUACAAGUGUGUGUGUAUGCUUUUGACCUGCUUUACCUCAAUGGUGAAUCACUUGUGAAGCAGCCCUUCAAGCGACGGCGAGAACUGUUGCACAAGUCAUUCACAGAAGUGGAGGGGGAGUUUGUGUUCGCUAAGUCUAUGAUUUCUUCAGAUACAGAGGAAAUAGCUGUCUUCCUGGAUGAAUCUGUUAAAGGAAACUGUGAAGGACUUAUGGUGAAGACCUUAGAUGUAGAUGCUACAUAUGAAAUAGCAAAGAGAUCCCACAAUUGGUUGAAGCUAAAGAAAGACUACUUGGAAGGUGUUGGGGACACUCUGGACCUUGUAGUCAUUGGAGGUUACUUAGGGUCUGGUAAGCGAACAGGAAAGUAUGGAGGGUUCUUGUUGGCCUGUUAUGAACCAGACAGUGAAGAGUUUCAAUCUAUAUGCAAGAUUGGAACAGGAUUCAAAGAUGAUGAUCUGGAGCAACAUGCCACAUUCUUCAAGGAGAAUGUAAUAGACAAGCCAAAACAGUACUACUGUUGGGAUAGCUCCCAUGAACCUGAUCACUGGUUUGAGCCUGUCCAGGUAUGGGAGGUUAAAUGUGCUGACCUCUCCAUAUCGCCUACUCACAGGGCAGCGUCUGGAAUCGUUGAUCCAGAGAAAGGCAUAUCUCUGCGGUUCCCACGAUUCCUGAGAAUCCGAGAUGACAAGAAACCAGAAGAUGCUACAUCAGCCACCCAGGUGGCAGACAUGUAUAAGAACCAGGACCAGAUUCAGAACCAACAGACUACCUCAGAACCUAGUAAAGAGGGGGAUGAGGAAGAGUUCUAUUGAAGGGAGAAUACUCUGUUACAUCUUAUGAUGUCCUAUUGGAAGGGAGACAACUGAAUUAAAGUAGCGAUGUUAUGAGAUAACCCUUGUUUUAUUUAAUCUAUUAAUUUUUACAACACCAUUAUGUUCAAAAAACAUAACAGACCGAAAUAAUUGGGCAAAAUUUUACUGGACAGCAGUAUAGCUAUGUUUGAUGGGUUAAUGAAAAAAAGCGAAUAUAUGGGGUAUAAUUGUUUUGGAUGGAAAUCAUGUGGAUAAUGGGUGAAAUAGAUCAUAUUUAUCUUACAUCAUUUAUUUAUAAUUCACUCAACUUCACUUCAUUUUCUGAUUCCGAUAUUGGAGGAUCAUUUACUGAUAUUAGGAAUAAAGACUUAUUAUAUUCUUAUGUUUUUAUGAUGUUUAUGUAGCUCAUAUGAAAUGUGAAUAAAUAAAAAAAAUUACUAAA